AUGGCAUGGUUUAGGGCUGGGUCUAAUGUGGCAAAGCUUGCCAUUAGGAGAACUUUGUCGAAAAAUGGAGGUUCAUACGUGACAAGAGUUCAUCCUGCAGCUGCAUUUCACACUACAACUGCUGUGAAGUCAAAUGCAAAAUCCCCCCCACCUCUUCCUCGUCCUGUUCCGUUGUCCAAGUUAACCGAUAGCUUUUUGGAUGGCACGAGCAGUGUUUACCUCGAGGAGCUUCAGCGAGCUUGGGAGAAAGAUCCUGCAAGUGUUGAUGAGUCUUGGGAUAACUUCUUCAGGAACUUUGUUGGCCAAGCUGCCACUUCUGCUGGUGUUUCUGGGCAAACCAUUCAGGAAAGCAUGCGGCUUAUGUUGCUUGUCAGGGCUUACCAGGUCUAUGGUCACAUGAAGGCCAAUUUGGAUCCGUUGGGACUGGAAAAGAGAGAGGUUCCGGAUGACCUAGAUCCUGCUCUCUACGGCUUCUCUGAAGCUGAUCUUGAUCGCGAGUUUUUUAUUGGCGUCUGGAGGAUGCUCGGGUUUUUGUCUGAGAAUCGUCCUGUACAGACUUUGAGGGCGAUAUUGACGCGACUGGAGCAGGCUUACUGUGGUAACAUUGGGUAUGAAUAUAUGCACAUCGCUGAUCGUGAGAAAUGCAACUGGUUAAGGAAUCGGAUUGAGACACCUACAGCAGUGGAAUACACUCGCGAUCGACGCGAGGUUAUUCUUGAUCGUCUAAUCUGGAGUUCUCAGUUUGAAACUUUUCUGGCAACUAAGUGGGGUGCUGCUAAGAGAUUCGGGCUUGAAGGUGCAGAAACUUUGAUCCCUGGAAUGAAGGAAAUGUUUGAUAGGUCUGCAGAUCUUGGAGUUGAGAGCAUAGUGAUUGGAAUGUCGCAUAGAGGUAGACUUAAUGUGCUGGGGAAUGUUGUUCGAAAGCCUUUGAGGCAGAUAUUUAAUGAGUUUAGUGGGGGUACCAGACCUUCUGAAGAAGCUGGCCUCUAUACUGGAACUGGUGACGUGAAGUAUCACUUGGGCACAUCUUAUGAUCGUCCAACUCGAGGAGGAAAGCGACUUCAUUUGUCACUUGUGGCAAAUCCAAGUCACUUGGAAGCGGUGGAUCCUGUUGUGGUUGGGAAAACUCGAGGGAAACAGUAUUAUUCUAACGAUACAGAUAGGACUAAAAACAUGGCUGUGUUGAUCCACGGUGAUGGUAGCUUCGCAGGUCAAGGAGUUGUUUAUGAGACAUUGCAUCUGAGUGGUCUUCCUAAUUACACUACCGGGGGAACUAUACACAUUGUGGUGAAUAAUCAAGUUGCAUUCACUACUGAUCCCAAGUGUGGAAGAUCAUCUCAAUAUUGUACUGAUGUUGCUAAAGCCCUGAAUGCUCCAAUUUUCCAUGUCAAUGGGGAUGAUGUGGAGGCAGUGGCUCGUGUCUGUGAACUUGCUGCAGAGUGGCGGCAAGCAUUUCAUUCGGAUGUGGUCGUUGACAUUGUUUGUUAUAGGCGAUUUGGCCACAAUGAGAUGGAUGAACCAUCAUUUACCCAGCCUCAAAUGUAUAAGGUGAUCCGGAGUCAUCCUUCAGCUGCAGAGAUUUACCAAAAGAAGCUGUUAGAAUCUAAUCAAGUGUCUGAACAAGAUAUUGAAAGGAUAACCAAAAAGGUUAAAUCGAUUCUUGAUGAAGAACUAUUAGCCAGUAAAGAUUAUGUUCCCCAACGAAGGGAUUGGCUUUCAGCCUUUUGGCGUGGAUUUAAGUCUCCUGAACAGCUUUCACGCAUCAGAAACACGGGAGUCAAGCCAGAGAUACUGAAGACCAUUGGCCAAAAGAUCACAACCCUUCCAGCAAAUUUCAAGCCUCAUAGAACACUGGAGAAAAAUUUUAUUAAGCGGGCGAAGAUGAUUGAAACAGCUGAAGGUAUUGAGUGGGCAGUAGCAGAGGCACUAGCUUUUGCAACACUAAUCGUCGAAGGAAAUCAUGUCAGGCUUAGCGGUCAAGAUGUGGAAAGGGGUACUUUCAGUACACGUCACGCAGUAGUUCAUGAUCAAGACACCGGAGAGAAGUACUGUCCUUUGGAUCACGUAAUCGAUGAUCAAAAUGAGGAAAUGUUCACCGUCAGUAACAGCUCUCUCUCUGAAUUUGGUGUUUUGGGAUUUGAGUUGGGUUACUCAAUGGAAAAUCCAAAUUCUUUGGUCUUGUGGGAAGCACAGUUUGGUGAUUUCUCGAAUGGAGCUCAAGUCAUAUUUGAUCAAUUCUUGAGUAGUGGAGAGGCAAAAUGGCUACGCCAGACUGGUCUAGUUGUGCUUCUGCCUCAUGGUUAUGAUGGACAGGGCCCUGAACAUUCCAGUGCCCGUUUGGAACGCUUCCUUCAGAUGAGUGAUGACCACCCCCAUAUUAUUCCGGAGAUGGACGAAAUGGUGAGGAAACAAAUUCAGGAAUGCAAUUGGCAGGUUGUGAAUGUGACAACGCCUGCAAAUUAUUUCCAUGUUCUCAGGCGUCAGAUACAUAGGGAAUUCCGUAAGCCCCUCAUUGUGAUGUAUUCGAAGAGCUUACUUCGGAGUGAGGAUUGUAAAUCGAAUCUCUCCGAAUUUGAUGAUGUCCACGGUCAUCCUGGUUUUGACAAACAGGGUACCAGAUUCAAGCGCCUCAUAAAGGAUCAGAAUCUCCAUUCUGAUUUGAAGAGAGCAUCAACCGUUUACUAUCAUCUUGAUAAAAAGAGAAAGGAGGUGGAAAGGAAGGAUGUCGCAAUCUGCAGGGUUGAACAACUCUGUCCAUUUCCAUAUGACCUUAUUCAGCGUGAACUGAAGCGGUAUCCAAAUGCGGAGAUUGUUUGGUGCCAGGAAGAACCAAUGAACAUGGGUGCAUACAACUAUGUCGCGCUUCGUCUUUCUACUCCAAUGAAGGCAUUGGGUAGAGGUGAUAUGAACGACAUAAAGUAUGUUGGACGUCCUCCAUCUGCCGCAACAGCCACUGGAUUCUCACAUGUCCACAAGGAGGAGGAGAGAGAGCUUGUCGAGAAAGCCUUGCAGCCUGAUCUGAUCAGUAUGCCGUAA